AAAAUAUAUUUGUUGCGUAUGACAUGUGUUUGACUCGAAUUUGACUUGACGAUUGAGGAAUAAAAAUAAAGAUUUAAAUCUGCAAUCUUUGUUGAUGGUGGUUAGUGAAUUUAAUUCUAAAAUACGCUAUUAAUUGUGUUAACUAAUUGCCACCAUUGAUAGACUGUAUUUAAGUGAAAUAUACAUGCACCCGCCGAAUUUCGGCACAUCUGUGUUAGAUUGCACGCUCGUAUUUUUGCAAACAUGUCAAAGUGGGUUGGUUAUGCUGUUUCUGUAAAUUGUGGUGAACCUUUAGGUUGUUAUCAAGGGACUAUACUAGAAGCAGAUGGAAGUACAAUUACUCUCACUAAAGCCUUUAGAAAUGGAUUCCCCUAUCCCAAAUCUAAAGUCACGCUCAAUGCUGCGGAUAUUAAAGAAUUAAAAAUAAUUGAAGCCAAACCAGAGCCCACAGAACAGACUCAUAGUACUGUUGCUGUUACAAAGAACAACAAAAAAUGUCAACGGGCCACUGUAUGUGAAAAUUUGCAAGCAAAUCCAACUAGCUCAGGUAAUCAGACAAAUGUGAACCCUAGCAGCAGCAGUAAGAGUUCAAACUCCCGUGGCCCAGCACAGGGGGCAGGGCCAGCUCGCAGUAAACCUAUUGAUAUCCAAGGGAACCGGCCAAAUAAGAGUAAUGUUAACACAGGUAGCUACGGCAACCCAGGCUCGACGCCCGGCACGAAGGGUCGCGGGCCGCAGACGGCGGCGGCGCGGCGCCGCAACGAGGCGUGCUUCGGGGACGCGGCCGACCCCGCCCUCGACCGCGACUUCGACUUCGAGGGCAACCUCGCGCUCUUCGACAAGCAGGCGCUGUGGGAGCGCAUGAGGCACGCGCACAAGCCGGAUCUAGUGCGGCAGGCUGACGAGGCAGGCGCGAAACUUCGUCACGACGAGAACGUAUUGGGCGGUUUGACGGGCGGCUGUAACGUGCGGCGAGCCAUCCGCGUUCCUGACGAGAUGCGCGGGCCCCUCGACUAUGUGACCGACGACGGGGUCGUGGUGCCCUCCUGCGGGCCCGCCCUACGCAGCCAGCUCUACAGGGGGCUCGACAGGGCCCCACGACGGGGGCGCGGUGGGGGCUCGCUGCCUCCGCCUGCUGGUGGCGCACGGGGCGCGCGGGGCCCUCCACGUGGCGGGCGCGGGCGCGGGCGCCGCCUCCGAGGCCCUGCGCCGAGAGCUGGCGGCGCUGGAGCUGGACGACGUCAGGCCCGUGGCGCUGGACCGCCUGCCCUCGCCGGACAUAGUGCUGCUGGCCCUCUACGACCUGCAGCUCGACGACCCGCAGCACCACUACCUCGCCGCCCUAGAGUGGGCGGGGUCAGCGCGCGCGGCAUGCAUCGGCGUGGAGGGGCCGGACGGUGGGUGGGGCGCGUGGGGCGUGUCGUGCCGCGCCGCCGUGUGGGGCGCCCUCCCGCCCCCCGCCGACCCCUCCCUGGGGCGCGUGUACCUGGCCGCGGUGGCCCCGCCCACCAGGCUGCUGCGGGACCUGAGGCUGCAGUACCGCUCGCCCUUCGGCGCCGCCUCGCUGUUGGCGCUGCAUCCCGCCGACGACCCGCAAGCUGAUUAGACAACUACGCGACCGCCUCCUCGAGUGAGAUCCAUCACUUCGAUGCUCUGGGGCUGUUCGAGUAUUACGUGAGCACUAUAGGGGAGCGGAGGGGUCUUCGCUUUGCUUAUUUUUAAUGACAUGGGGGGUGGGGGGUGGAGACGGUGAUUACGUCGGCAUCAUCGAUUAAGCCUUUUUAAGUACUGCCGCUCAUGAAGCUCAUGAAAGCUCAUGAAUCAAUAAAAAAAACAGAAUACAUUAAAGAAAAAAUGCAUAUGAGUACUAAUGUUUACGUAAGGAUGGGGGGGAGGGGUGAGAGCUUUGCUCACUUUUGCUGACGAGGGGGAAGAGGGGGUAUAUGAUUGUAAUAAAUCUGCUUACGUAAUACUCGAAUGGCCCCUCUCAUAUUAACGCACCAUCGCAAUGAUAAACCGCGGUCCUCCCGGCUCGAAGGUAUGCGGCUUGUUCCGAGAUCACCGUUCGCUUUCUUCGUUAGCGCUGCAUCUCGCCGAUGAAGCGCGAGCGAACUUGACGAUAUUGGAAACCUGCUAUGAGAUCCGAUUUCGAUACCUUUCCUGAUGAACGACUCGCAGCCUAGAACAUGCCACCUGACCUGCGUCUCCGGAAUCUUCUUAAACGGAAGCUUCGGGGUGGACACCCUUAAGCGGCCACGCCGCCGGACGGCGCGACAUCUCCCCCUGCUGACCGUUCCAUGAAAAAGUGGUUUUUAGCUGAUGAAGCACCGCCGAAGAAAUUGUUGAAAAAUCUAAAGCUGCGAUACCACCCAUCGUUCGGUGCCGCCUUCUUUCCCGGCCCUCCAUCCUGCGACGAACCAGGAGUGGCUCAGUCGCGUUGAGACAGAUCGACGCAGUCCGACGCCACCCGAAUGAUGCUGCGUUAAAGAUUUUUAGCUAUACGAAGCUAGUCUAAGUCAGGAUGCACCGCGAUAUGAAUAUAUAAUAAUUUAGGCAAAUUUCUUGAGCCAAAAUCAUACAUAAUCCUGCGCAGUAUACGUUUUUGUAUGUAAAAUUGCCACUGCGCAAACUUCCUUGUCUAUGGUUGUUGCUCGAAAAGUCCACCGGGGUGUAUACUUUAGUGAAAAAUGAACUAAGACUACGAUGAAACAAAAAGUACAAAAGUGAAAACUUGUGUUUUGCUUGCCUUCGAACUGAAAAUGUGAAACUUAAAAAUCAUUAAUUUUAAUAAUCGAAUCUUAGUUGAAUAAAAUAAAUACCUAUACUUAUACGCCACCAAACAACAUUAUUUUGAACUGUGUAACUUUUUUUUUCAAAUCUGAUCUAAUUCAUAACUUCACGCUAAAAGUUCCUUAGCACGUCAGUGACGCCACUAGGGUUAGAAUUUCCCAACUCAUAUUUGAAAUUCUACUCGAUUGAAAACUUUUCACGUGAAGUGGACUGUUGAAUAUAUAUAACUGAGGGACGGUCAAGAUAUUGUUUGUUUGUGCACCGCGUGCUUCACCCGCACCGCCCACAGAUCCCAAUUAGAGCACACUCACUCCCCAUACGCCUGCUAGAAUAUAUGAAGGUUAGAAUUUUUAUUAUUUUAAAGCAUGUAACUGCUUGAUGUUUAAAUCUAAAGAAAAUAUAUCUAGAAAAAAAUCCACGCGGACCAUAAUUGCUAUUUCUUCUUUCAAAUGUUUAAUACUUGUAAACGUAUACAUUUGACAUUGUGGGUUACCUAUAAUGCGAAGAGAUGGCGCUGCCUUGCAGCUUAAGAAUGGCUAGUAGAAUUUCGACGCGUCCGUGAGGGCCGCGGUAGCAUAAUUGGUCAGUGCAUUUGCCCGGAUUGCGAAGGGUGCGGGUUCGAGUCCCGUCUGCUGCCUGGUCCGCGUGGAAUUUUUUCUAGUUAUAUUUUCUUUAGAUAUAUGAAGGUUGUCAAAGCUCCAUUCACAGUUUGAAGAAUAUUGGACGAAACUGCAAAAAGCAAGUAGAAUAUCAACAGCGCAGAGUAUUUUCAAUAUGCCCGUGUAAAUUCGUGGUUACAUAAGAUAGAUUUCAGGUACAAAUAUAAUUUAAAAGAAUAUAUUUAUACGAACAUACAAAUUUUUGGCAAAUUUAAAAUAAUCUGCGAUGCCAUACUUGAAGUUUAGAGAAUCAUGCCAGAAUCGACACCAAUAUACUUAUAUUUUACAUGAUAAUUGAUCAUUAUUACUGGAAUUCUAAACACUUAAAAAAAAAGUGAAGUAUUUUUCAGAUACAUACAAAUACAUAUCGUUAAAAUUAUUAGAAAAAUGAACUCGGUAAACUAUUAUAGAUUUUAAUUAAGGAUGUGUGACGAGGGCGCCCGCGCGCGCCGCGAUAUAAAUGUAUAUUUUUGAAUGAACUGUACAACGAGAAUGAACGCUGCAUUGGAAAUCGUUAUUGUAUAUGAAUAAUUAUUUUGUAAUAAACUCUUUAAUGUUUACAAUCGAA